AUGCAGCGAGGUGCGCAAUCGAGCGCGACUCACGCACGGUCUCGUGGUGCAAUGACCAUUUUCGUGGACAUGAAUGCCAAGCUGCGCACGCUGCUCGUAAAGAGGGAGAAAUCGCGCAUUCCAUGGCGGAAGGAUGCGGAUGCGUUUGUAAAUGAGUGA